UCAUUAAAUAUGCGUUUAUAGAUCACCCACAUAAAAGAUACACUGACCUUUAAAUGCUGAAGCAUUGACAAGUAGAGCCUUGAAGAAAAUGAAACCGUGGAGCAAGUUAGAAGGCAAGGUUGUGAUGGUAACUGGCGCAUCAUCUGGACUCGGGCGAGAACUCUGCAUCGACUUGGCCAAUGCAGGUUGUAAAGUCGUUGCAGCUGCUCGGAGAAUGGACAGGCUUAAGUCUCUUUGUGAAGAAAUCAACCAAUUUGUCGAUGCUAGUGAGCUUGCUUAUGCGCCAAAACCUGGUAGUAUUAGGUACCGUGCAGCUGCUGUUGAGCUUGACGUGGCAGGGGAUAGCGAGGCUAUCAGACUGGCCGUAGAGAAAGCAUGGAAGUGUUUUGGCCGCAUUGAUACUUUGAUCAAUAAUGCUGGUGUGAGAGGUGGAACGAAAUCUUCACUUUAUUUAAGUGAAGAAGAAUGGAACGACGUGGUGAGGACGAACUUAACAGGAUCAUGGUUGGUCUCCAAGUACGUCGGAUUAUGCAUGGUGAGAGAACUUCAAGGGGGAUGUAUCAUCAAUAUAUCUUCAGCUGCUGGUUUGAAUAGAACUCAAAUACAUGGAAGUCUUGCCUACAGUUCCUCCAAAUCGGGACUAAAUUCCAUGACUAAGGUUAUGGCACUAGAACUGGGGAAGCAUAAUAUACGAGUAAAUUCAAUAUCGCCUGGUCUUUUCCCAUCUGAAAUAACAGAGAGCCUGAUGAAAAAGGAGUGGCUUAAGGAUGUUUGUGCAAGAACAGUUCCACUGAAAACUUUUCUUAAAUCUGAUCCAGCACUGACAUCGCUCAUCCGCUACUUAAUUCAUGAUUCUUCAGAGUACGUCACAGGCAACGUUUUCGUAGUUGAUGCUGGAUUUACUCUUCCUGGUCUUCCUUUAUUUUCUUCCCUGUAAACUUCAUUUAUCUUCUGAAAACAAGAUUAUCUUGUCUAAGUUGAUCAAUUAAGAAAUAUCACUACAAUGUGACAAUGUCACAUAGGAGAAGAGUUCACAAUCCAAAUUAUGUGGAUGAUAUAUCAAACAUAGUUGAUGUUAUUAAAAUAUGGAAGUAAACCCCUGAGU